AUGGAGAUAAUCUGCAAUCAACGCCAGAGACGGAUCCAGUUCAACUCUCCUGCACAAACAACAGGAGUAGCAGCAGUACUAGUUCAUAAGCAAGCAAGCAAGCAGCGCGAGAGAGAAGAGCAGAUGAUAAUAAUUGGAAAUCAAAGGGAUUAUACGAACCAAAUCAUCAAAGGGAUUAUACUAGUCAUGCUUACGGUUGGAACAGACACUUCAUCGAUGACUAUAGAAUGGGCCUUGUCUCUUUUGCUCAACCAUCCCGAGGUGCUAGAGAAAGCUCGAGCUGAAUUGAAUGCUCAAGUAGGGACUGAUCGAUUGGUCGACAAACAUGAUCUAUCCAAUCUUCCUUAUCUUCAUAACAUUAUUUCAGAAACACUUCGGUUGUACCCAGCAGCACCAAUGCUAGUGCCACAUGAGUCGUUCGAUGACUGUAAAAUUGGGGGAUACAAUAUUCCGCGAGGCACAAUUUUGCUAGUUAAUGCAUGGGCAGUUCACAGGGACCCAAACGUUUGGGAUGAUCCAACGAGCUUCAAGCCAGAGAGAUUCGAAGGCUUGCAGGUUCAGCCAUCAAAGCUGAUUUCAUUUGGGAUAGGAAGGAGAUCUUGCCUUGGUUCUGGCCCAGCACAGCGGGUCGUGAGUUUGGCCUUGGGAUCUCUAAUUCAGAGUUUUGAUUGGAAAAGAAUUGGUGAGGAGGAGAUUGAUCUGGCUGAAGGGACAAGAGUGUCCAUGCCAAAAGCCAAGCCACUAGAAAAAACGUGUUUUAGAAAUUAA